AUGGCCGCCCGCGCUGCCGCGGGAGGAGGAAGGGGACGGAGGAGGGAGGAGGAGCGGGGGGCGGUGGCGGGGUGGAGCCGCCCGGCGGCGGCGGGAAAGGCGGGAUGGGGACGGGGCACCUUGUGUAGCCUGACUGGGGAUGGGGAAGAGCCGUCUGGACGCUGCUGCGGAGCCCUUGGUGGUGCAGGCGCUCCCCCCGUGGCACCCGGCAUCGUCCGUUCUUUCAUACACACGCGUCGCAGUUGGCACUUCCAACAGGAUGCUAUGGAAAAAUUUGUGGGUGCUUUCUUUGACCAAAACAAGGUGGAUUCUCCACCUGGUCCUAUAAAGCACAAGCCCAAACUCAAUACUCACCUGAACAAAACCUCCAGGGAGGAGGAACAAGACAAGCCAUCUACGCGGGGGGUCUCCCUCUCUGUGCCUGCGGGCGGCGGGCGCGGCAAUGGUGCCAUCUCAUGGAGCCGACGCGAAGAGCAGGGUCCGCCCGGAGUCCGGGAGAGGGGCGAGCGGGAAAGUGAUGUCCUCGCCGCCACAGCACUCGGGAACCGGCCUGCGAGCGGGCACAGGCCGACCCAGAGCACGGCGAUAGUAGAAAGGGCAGGACCGGGGGGCACAGGGAAAAUGUCAGCCAAGGCAGAUCCUCGGGGCGAGCAGGCCGAAUUCGCCAGCCUGAAACCUCAUAGGAACUCCCAUGAGGAAUUCUGGGAUCCGAGAUGCUUAGGUGGAAAUCCUGGCCUCAAGUCUGGGAUUUCUGCUGCCCCUCUCUACACCUUCUGUUACCCUGUCUGUGAUGGACCAAUUACGUGGGUAAACGGUGUCCAAGAACAUAUUGAAGUUGUGGGUGUUCCGGAGAAGAAAGAACUUCCUUGUACAGUCCCCAAGUCUCCAGCCUUCGCCUUGAAAAGCAGAACCCGUGUGUCUGGCAGAGAGGAAGAAAAGGAAAAGGAGGUGGCGCCUGUGAUCAAAGCUAACCCUAUGCCACAUUACGGAGUGCCCUUCAAACCCAAAAUGCCAGAGCAGAGGCACGUGGAAGUUUGCCCCUUCUCUUUUGAUGCCCGGGACAAAGAGCGGCAAAUACAAAAAGAGAAGAAAAUAGAAGAAUUUCAGAAGGAAGAGGUGCCGAAGUUCAAAGCGCAACCUCUGCCUUACUUUGACCAAGUUAAACUGCCAGAAAAAAAGGUCAAAGCCCCAACCCAGCCUGAACCAUUCCAUCUGCAGGUGGAUGAACGGGGAGCUGCCAAGCUCAAGAGCUGGAAACACCAGCUCGAAGAAGACUUGAAAAAGCAGAAAGAGGCAGCAUGUUUUAAAGCUCGUCCCAACACAGUGGUGUACCAGGAGCCUUUCGUGCCCAAAAAGGAACACAAACUACUAUCAGAGAGCCUUUCUGGUUCUGUAGUUCCUGAAAGCUUUGAGCUGGCAACGGAAAGAAGAGCAAAAGAACGGCAAGAAUUUGAAAAGCGAUUGGCAGACGCAGAAGCUGUAAGGGAGAGGUAUCAGGAGCAGAUCAGGCAGGAAGAAGAGGAGCGUGAAAAGGAAGAAGUUGCUAAGCUAAGGCAAGAAAUGGUUCACAAGGCAAACCCAAUACGCAAAUACCGCAGCGUAGAAGUGAAGCCCAGUGAUCAGUUACUGACUUUGCCAAAGUCUCCCAACUUCUCAGAUAGAUUCCAGUGCUGAUGAGCACCCACAUGAUAUUAGGAGGGAGAUCCCAUCCCUCUCUACUCCCUUGAUAGGAGAGAGGGAACAGUUGUUUUCCUGUGACUCUGCCUGAACUCCUACCCUUGGUUCCUUUGUACUGAAUAGUUUAACUCCACUUGAGCCCACGGCAUCCCACCUAACUAAAUAAAGUUUCCUAAUAUGA